UAAUAAAAUAAUGAUGAUAAUAAUAGAUCGACCAAAACAUAAGUGUGUAUGUACAGUAUGCGUGUGUAUGUUCCUUCAAUUUAUACAUCACCUUUAUCACAAUCUUGAAUACUGUAUGUAUACAAUAUAGCUUUGGGUAACUUUUUUUUUUUUUUUCAGAAUGGGUUGUAUUUUCAACAGAAAAUUAAAGUAAAAAAAAAAAAGAGAAUAGUGAUACCAGAAGAGAUAAUUUUAAAGCCAAAUUAAAUAAUUAAAUUACUGUACUGUACUAGAUAGCUGUUGAUCCAUUAAUAUCCAUGGCAAAAAAUUACAAAACUAUACUAGCUGAAGCUCAUGCCUCAGAUGAUGAAAAGUGGAUUGUUUAUGAUCCAAACAAGUCAACUGAAUCCAUCGAUGACUGGCUGGAAGAGUGGGCUCCUUCACGGAUAUCCAGGGAUGAUGGAAUUGGUUGGAUUGCAAUCUGUGGCAGGAAUAGGGAAACUGAAAGCCAAAUUCAUGAUGUGGAUGGUCUUAUGGAUGCCUGGAAGGAACUGCAGCAUUCUGGGAGACCAAUUAAUUUGGAGACCAUAAGUGAACUAGCAAAACAAUACUGUGUGACAUGUGGUAAGUGGAUUAUCUAUGCAGGGCCAAAUGCAAAAGUUGAUAGUUACUGGAAAAAAGUGGCCACAGCAAUUGUGAAAGAUCAGCUUCCAGCAAUUUCUGCAAAAGUUAGCCCCUUGUCUACAGAUAAAAACACACAUGUAUUAUGUAUUUACAAUAAGGAUUUCACAGAUGAGGAAGAAGUAUGCCAUCUGGAACAUGCCAUACGAAAGAUUGGACUCAAAUGUCAAUUGGUGUAUAAACCAGAUGCAUACACAUAUAUGGGGAUAUAUAGGAAAAAUAAAUGGGGCCUCCGUCCAACCAUAUAUAAAAGUGAUUAUGAGCUUACUAGUGGACAAUCAAUCAUAAAAACAAAUAGUGAAGUUCCUAGAAUAUUACAAUCUUGAGCAUAGGCUUUUACCAUUUGAACAAGGCAUGUAUAAAGGCAUUAACCCUAAUUGAUUCAAAAUAUCUUAUUACCUGUAUUUACUUUAAGAUAAAUACACUAUUUGGUAAACCAAAUUUGUUUUUGCAAUUGUAUUGGAUCAAUUGUUGUUAUAUAAUUUCUAGGACCUAGGUAAUGGGGCAACCCUGAUAGGAGAGGUUCCAGUCACUCCUGUAACUUCUUGUAGUUAAGGGGUUAAACAAAACUUUGCUGCUUCUACAAGAUAUAUUAUAGAUUCAAGCAUAUUCAUUAUACAUUUGCUCCUACUGUAAAUGCCCCAUUUUGUAAAGGAACAUCUCACUUAGAACAUGAAUUCAUCCCUCUCUCUCAUCCUAUUGAAACAUAGUAUUUUCAUCUGGCAAGCUCUAGACGGUUACACUCGGCUGAAGAAACCUCUUUUGUCAAAGCAUUAUUCUGCAUUGUAAUCUCUCCCAAUUGAUAUACUGUACACUUUUCUCCUCACCCACAGUACCCCGUGUUCCCACCACAAAAAGACACCUACCCCGACACACCCCUCCUCUCACCCUCUCGCGAAUACUUUUGAAAUCAGAGUUCAGUGUUCGCACCUCAGGGAGAGAGAAGAUUGGCAAUGCUAAGUUGUAAAUGCAGGAGUGGAGCCAACUGUACCACAAUGAAGGAACCAAUCUUUGAAUGUUUUCAAUCAAAUGACUGUCUCUAACAUAUCUUGGGGACCAGAUGGAGUGACAGUACUGGCCUCUAAAAAGGGAAGCAAUAAAAGAAAAAAAAAAGGCAUCUAUGCAGAUUUAAAACGAUUCAAGCUACAGAUCUCUAUAUGUGCA